AUGGGAAACGAAAAUUCAUCGCUUGUAAAAAUCAGGAGAGGCAGCAAAGAGCCGAGUGUGAUUAUUGAAUGUGUGGAUGCUAAAAAAGACCAGCACACUCCAGUUUAUCGGAAAAAAUCGAGGAGAAGUGUGAGUCAAUCCCGUCCAACAUCAAUAAUAGAGUCGAAACGAUCUACAAUUGUACCGCCCAUUCCAGCAUUAAUUAAGGGACAAUUGAGUGGAGAAGACUCGAUUAGCAUUGGAUCAAGAAAAAGUUCAGUUUCCAACUUUCGGUUAUCAUCCGACGGUUCUGGAGAUUCCCUUCUGAGUCCAUUGACGGCUUCAUCAAACGAUCGGCGACGAAGCAGAAGUCUUUGUUCAACACAAAUGAAGGACGACGCACAGGCAGUGGCUGCUCAGCAAAACAAGGAAGACAAAAAUGCAGGUAGCGGUGGAAGAAAAGCAUCUAGUGGACUGGUUCCAUCAUUGAACCGACUCCGAAUUCAGCAAUGCUUUAAGGCGGCAAAACCUUCAAUAGGCGAUGCAAUAAUGAAGAGAGCAGCAGCAUCUCGGGCCGAAAUGAGAGCUCUACUAUCGAAAAUGAACGAAAAACAAAUUGAGUGUUUGGGGAAGCAAAUGUUCGAAUUGAUCACAGACGCUGUCGAAAAUGCGGAUAAAUCAGAGAAGGUUUUAACCCACGCUCGUCAAUUUGGUGGAACCUACGCCUCUCUGUGCCCUCUCGGAUUCCGACCGGAUCUUUUCUCCCCACUGGCUGACGCUGCAAUUGCAGAAUGUGUCAAAUUGGAUGGAGUUCAUAAAAGAUGUGAGACACUGUCGGCAUGGAGUCAGCUGUUUUCGGCGCUUUUCACGGGAGUUCGAGAUGGAUAUUAUCAAAGAGUCAGGCACCAAAGAAGAACUUCUCUUCCCCAGAAUACUAUCACCAAACAGCUCUCUGUCGAUUUCUCCAAAACUUGCGACACUAGUUUCGUCCGAUGA